AAUGCAGAUCGGACGUCAUCUUUUGUGGUUCUUAUCAGCUUGCUACGUCCUCUAGAUCCAUCUAGAUGGCCUUCGCCUGCUACCGCUGAAGGAUAUGCUGUCCGGAAUCAGAAGUUCUCUGAUUUGGUAGUUAAAUGCCUAAUUAAACUUACAAAGCUCCUCCAAAGCACCAUAUACGAAGUGGAUCUUGAUCGACUUCUUCAGAGCAUUCAUGUAUAUCUGCAAGAGCUGGGAAUGGAAGAGAUACGUAGGAGAGCGGGAGCAGAUGAUAAACCUCUGAGGAUGGUGAAAACUGUUCUACAUGAACUUGUUAAGCUCCGAGGUGCUGCAAUAAAGGGUCACUUGUCUCUUGUCCCUAUUGACAUGAGGCCACAACCCAUCAUUCUCGCUUAUAUCGAUCUAAACCUUGAGACUUUAGCUGCAGCAAGAAUGUUAACUGCGACAGGACCUGUGGGGCAAACCCAUUGGACAGAUUCAUCAGUUAACAAUCCCUCACCUCCCGCUAAUUCUGCUGAUGUUCAAUUGAAGCAAGAGCUUGGAGCGAUUUUCAAGAAAAUUGGUGAUAAACAAACUUCCACCAUUGGUCUUUACGACCUUUACCACAUCACCAAGGCGUAUCCAAAGGUUGACAUAUUUUCCCAACUCCAAAAUGCUAGCGAAGCUUUCCGUACCUACAUCAGAGACGGUUUAGCCCAGGUGGAGAAGAACGCGGCUGCGGGAAGAACGCCUUCAAGCCUACCGUUAUCGACUCCUCCCCCUUCUUCCUUGUCCCUUCCAUCUCCUGACAUUCCUUCCUUAGACGUAAAGCCUCUGAUGAACCCUAGAUCCGAUUCAUACACUGACGACAUCCGAGCAAGUAACAUCAACCCUGGGACGCUUGAUGCAAUCAGAGAAAGGAUGAGAACCAUGCAACUGGCUUCGGAGCCUGUAAGCAAAGCUAUGAUGCCAACAAACGAGAACUUAUCAACGGAUAACGUACCGCCAAUGAACCAACAGAACAUUCCCCCGAGCCAAAUGGAAGCAGAGAGUCAACAACACCCGCACCCAGUGGGUCUUCCAAUGGAUGAGAAAGCGUUAUCAGGUCUCCAGGCUCGAAUGCAGAGGCUCAAAGGUGGCUCACUCGAGCAUAUGUAGAAGAGUGAAUCUAAAAGUUACGAAGCAAAUGGGAUGAAAACAUAUUCGCCAUUUUUUUGUUGAUUCUCUAUCUCAGAUUAUAAUGUUUUAGUGGUAAUAGUAAAGUACCUUUUCUCAUAUACAUAUAUUAAGAUGUUACUGCGGCCAGAACUUGAUGGAGUUAGUGUGUAUAGCGGUGAGAGAUGAUGAUGUGUGCGAGGAUGAGACGAAAAAUUGUUUACAGUUUCUUAAUUUUUUUUCUGGUGUUUAUUUUGAUGACAUUUGAAUAGAGGUGAUCUCAUAUGACA